CAAACAUGCAUGAUUUUUUUCGUAUCAUUUUUUCAGACAUACAGACACAAUGGGCUGUUCUAAACAUGGCGUCACCAGAAAAUAGCUGCGUUCCACUCCGGCAUUCAAGUCUCCCCGGUAUUGUCCGUCUACCAAAGCGGUACAAAGUAGAAGAGUCCCGAUCACUCGACAGUCGAAAAGGCAGCAUUGAUCAUCGAGGGGCGGACAGGAUAGCUGAAAGACUCUCAGAUCUCAGCCAGGCUUUACUGUGGAUUAAACAAGAAUUGAUUUUACUUCGUCAGCAUGACAUUCUCCUAAAACGUCAGUUCUGUGACAUUCACGACACCAUUGUGUCAUUGAACAAAGCCAAACGAAGGGCUGGCUUCCGGGAGAAACAAACACUAACUAGCUCCAAUACGAGUCUCCAAUCUAACACAAGUUUUCAAUCCAACACGAGUAUUGACAUUACGCUGGAUCUGGAAAACUACGGCGUCAGAAGUGCAAACAGCGUUACUUUGUUAAAUGAAGAGGAAUCAGAAGACGAAGAUGAAAUAGAGGAGUCGCCUCGAACUUGUUCAAUGAAAACAACGCGAGACUUGACUGCUCUCGCAAGGAGACGCGGCAGUAAGGAACUAAUAUGACGGAUAUGUCAUAACCUACCUUAUGAAUAAGUCGUUGUGAUCAAAACGUCAAGAUGGCGGAUAUUUUGAUGAAUACUGCGCCUUUGCAUGAAUAACAUAUAUUCUUAUUGAUAUAUUAUGAAGUAGGAGUCUGUGAGAAUUAUGUAAACGUGACCACUAUUCCGGGAUGACGUAUACGGUAUCAAAUGUUCCAUUACGUACCUAAGUACAGGAGAUAACACCAACCUGAUCUGAUUGGUUUCAGAGUUUCAGAUGGAUGUAGAGGGUGACCACUAAUAUCACUAUUCAUUAGCACAAAAGAAUAAAUGGGAUUGCAUUUUAUUGUUAUUGAUGAUGUUCACCCGAACGCUUGUAGCAGUCAUAUACAAAUGCGGACUUAUGGUAGCUUAAUGACGUAUUAACCUUUCAUAUAACAAGUGACGCAACUCAAAGAGUGCACAGUUUUUCUGAGGAAUAAACUUGUUUUGUUUGUUGU